CAGCAAACACUUAGAAAGUUUCUGAAGUUCACAGUCUCCGGUAAACCGACAGUGGACGUCCAUUACAAUGACUUCUCUGACGAUGAUCGCCCGUGUGGCGGACGGACUGCCGCUCGCUGCGUCCAUUCAGGAGGAUGAACAGUCAGGAAGAGACCUCCAGCACUACCAGAGUCAGGCCAAGCAGCUGUGCCGUAAACUGAAUGCGCAGAGUCCGGACCGCUGUACCCUGGAGGCCGGGGACAUGAACUUUCACUAUAUAAUAGCACAGGGUGUAUGCUACCUGUUCCUCUGUGAGGCUUCAUUUCCCAAAAAGAUGGCUUUUGCAUACCUUGAAGACAUCCACAGUGAGUUCUAUGACCAGUAUGGAAGAAGGGUGCCCACAGUAACGAGGCCGUACUCCUUCAUCGAGUUUGACACAUACAUCCAGAAAACAAAGAAGUCAUACGUUGACAGCAGGGCCAGGAGGAACCUGGGCAGUAUUAACACAGAGCUACAGGAUGUCCAGAGAAUUAUGGUGGCAAAUAUUGAGGAAGUUCUGCAAAGAGGAGAAGCUCUUUCUGCUCUAGAUACGAAAGCCAGCAAUCUGUCCAGCCUGUCUAAGAAGUACCGCAGCGACGCCAAAUACCUCAACACCCGUUCUGCGUAUGCCAAGGUGGCUGCUGUGGCGGUGUUCUUCAUCACACUCAUCAUCUAUUUGCGUUUCUGGUGGCUCUGAUAGACUCUCAAACAAGGACUUUGACAUAAGGGAGAAGAUGUUUCUAAGCAUUUAAACUAAUCCUGUUACAUUUCUGUUGGACACCAGGGUGCCUUAAAAGGGUCAUAUACACUCUAUCCCUACUGAAGGUACAAGUUCUUUCUGUGCUUUAUCCAGCUUUGAGUUAUGCUACAUACACAGUAUAAACUGAGCCAUAGGUCUGCGGUGGGACUUCUCUUUGUAUAAAAGCAAAUACUUCAUGGUGAGUUCGUGGUCCUCUGUUAACUGGAAUAUUAAGAACAGGGUUUUGAUGAAGGAAUGUUUACAAUGUUACACACUGGCUUUAGGGGUUUCUGUCAGAGUUUCAGCAUUAAGGAGAAAACAUUUAUGCAUAAGCAGAGGGUUUGUAAAAAGUCUUAAUACUGUGAUAAAAGAAUGUUUAUUGUUCAAAGUUUACAUUGUAACAAGUCUUACUGAAAAAAAAUUAAAUAUUUAUCAAAUUGUAA